UGUAGAAACGAAAUCUGAGACCUGAGGUUUCAUAACUGAUUGAACUUUACAGGAACAUUUCACACCAGUGAUUAGAUGUCAUAAACCAAUGGAUACAAGACUGCACGAAGCAGUUCGCUAUGGAAGUGUGAAUGACGUCAGGAAAGCUCUUGGACAAGGAUAUGAUCCGAAUUUAAUAGGCCUUUACGACUGGAGUCCCGUCCACGAAGCUGCUCACAACGGCGAAACAGAAAUACUGACAUUGCUCUUGAAUAACAAAGGUGACGCCAAUGUCCGUGACAAUCUCCGUGGCAACACAGCGCUGCAUUAUGCUGCUGAAGAAGACCAUCUGGAUUGUCUCAAACUCCUGCUAAAGGUCAGAGGUCAACCCCAGAUUUGCAACAACGAUAACCUGACCGUCCUUGAUGUGGCCACGGGUGAAUGCCGAGAUUUCCUGGAUCAGUGUGAAAUGGAGACUGUAAAAGAUUCGAGCGAGAUGAAGCCGGGAGAGGGGAAGGAUGACCUGAACAAUAACAUGGAUACCGAUGAAGGAGAGAAAGAAGGGAGGAGAAGAAGUUCGUCAACAGGUGUGCUCAGGUGUGAGAGUCAAGAGGAAUUCCCAGCCAUGGGGCACCUGCACCUGUCAUUUGAGUACCAUGUCCACAAGGGGUCACUCAAGAUCAGGGUGUGGCAGAUCAGUGACCUCCUCCUCCCCCCACCCCACACAUCGAUGAUCAACACCAUCUUUGUGCGGAGUUAUCUCAUCCCAGACAAACCCAAGAAGACCAACAGGCGGACAGAGGAGGUUAAGGUCGCUCCCAGCGAGGCUCACGUAGCAUCCAACCGUUCUGCAGAGAAUCCAGGAAUCCAGUAUGUCUUCAUGCCAUCCAACUUCCACUUUGCCAUGCCGCUUCAAUACACUGGAGUCACAGAAGAAAUCAUCAACGAACGAAGCGUUCAAAUCGAAGUCUGUAUGACUCAAAGGUACACAAAGCGGAUUUUCUUGGUUGCGAUGAUCAAUUUGCCACUCAAGCUUGCAGUGAAGAAGCUUAUACGAGAAAAGUAUCCCUUAAUACCAUGCAUGAAUUAUACGAUCCCUAACAACAUGAAAGUUUACAGUGCCAGUGAACUGCAAUUGGAGAGUAGCUUUGGAGUGUUUUACAGCUCCCCAAUGUUGCAAGACUUCGGUAAGGGAGAUUCCUUGUCUGUGCCUCAAGCCGCCAGAUCGGCCAGUGAUAUUGAACUUAAUGGAAUAACUAUUCAUGGUGAGAAAGUGCCUUCAACGUGCAUUAAAAUGCUAAACGGGUCUCAUGAUUUUGACUUUGAACCUGAACUUGAUGAGGUCAAGGUCAAGCGAAAAAUUGUACCUGAUUUCAGUAGCAUAGACAUUCCUGCCAGUGUGUUGCCAGGUCAAUUGGAGGAGGUCAAAGUUCAAGGUCAGGAAAAGAAGGGAAAGGAUUGUGCGGUGAAUGUGGGUUCAGGGGAUCAGAGUGCAAAUUCAAAUCACAAACUCAAGAAAAUUAAGCCACCGAAAUUCAACGGUGACAUGGAGAUUGAGAUGGAAAAUGCCCUGAGCUCAGUCCCCGGUUCAGGAAAUCUGGAAGAAUCUGCCACUUCUCCAAGUCCAUCACGACCAGAAACUCCUGUCUGGGAUUACUACGACUUCGAUGAUUGUGAGCUGGGUAUGGAACCAGUUGCAGAUGAUGCUGAGAGUAACACAGAAAAUGGCAGUGAUGCUAAAAUGGAUUACAAGGGAGUUAAUCUCAGUCAGUCAGCCGUGGCUGCCAUGCAGGGAAAAUCAACCUCAAAGGUCAAGGACGUUAACCAACCAAUGUCAUACAUUCCGGCAAUAGUUGUUGAUGAUAUAGAGAAAGAAGAAUGGAUUCGAUUGUAGGUGACGCCUCAUGGAAUAUAUGUUUAUCAUUGUGAAAUAUUUGUGAAUACUAAAUGUUGCAUUUCAGUGUAUAUGCAAUGAAGUUCUGUGAUAGCUUAGUACAAGCUGAGUUCAUCUGUGGAUAUUCUAGUGCCAGGUUAUUCCGUUGUGGAUAUAUUCCUCAUUAUUCUGUGGAUGUAACACAAGCAUUUCUCUACAGUGUCAGUGAUGAAACCUUAGCACUGAUACUGAAGUUCCUGUGCAUACAGUAUGGAUGUGGAUCUAUACACAGACCUGAUAUUUACCAGCUCCUGUGGAUGUGGAUAUUUAGAUCAGUGUAACCUUCUGACACAUAUAUACAACAACUAUAGGAUACGUGCUGAUACAAAGUCUACAAGCAAGUGUUGUGCCUUAGCUGAGAAUAUUGUCUCAGUCUAUCCAAUGGCAAGCUUCCAGGACCUGACCGUGUUGGUGUAUGUCCACAAUCCUGGAUGGGGGAAUCUCAGUGUCCAGCCGUACUGGUGGAUUUGUGAUGCUCCUCUUGUGGAUUCAGUUGGAUGAAAUCUCAUUUUUAUACAAAAUAACAUCGAAGAGGGAAUAAGGAGAAUUAUUUGACUCCAGGUUGUUAUACAGUGAAAUCUUAGUUAUUAUAUUCAGGCCUAUUUGCAAAUAGUGACCUUAGCAUUGUAAGCCUUAAAGAAUGGCAGUUAAGUCAGCUUUGUGCUACGAUUGUCCUGGGCCUCCUUUCACAAAGCACUAAGGUGAUCGUAAGUCACUAAGGUAACCUUAGUGCAAUGUUAAAGAAUGGGAGUUAAGUCUUACCUUAGUAAAGGUUGCUACAUGAAAGGAGCCCCUGGUCAGAACCCGGAGUUAAAACUAGGGUAUUGAAAAUUGUUUUAGUACUGACGACAGAAGACAAGAGGAACCCCUUAGUUCGGAAUACUGGUAUUGCUUUUUGCCAGUGUGACCUUGAAAUGUUAAUGAUAAAAGUGUAACUGAACUGUUAGAAAUGAAACAACUGCAGAUUGUUAUUGUAUACUGAACUUUCAUAUACAUUGUUUUCCUCACUAAUCUCAAGAAAUACCCAAGAAAUAGGUCAAUAUUUUACAAUAAUCUGUUCAGAUCUGUUUAAGCAGAAAACAAUUGAUCUUUUAUUCAAUCAUCAGUGACAACAAAGCUGCCAUGAUUGUCAUGUUGGAAGGUAAUCAUCCACACCAUUUUAUUAUCAAAUACAUGAAAUAAAUGAAUACCAAAUCGGAUUUUGUACAGGAUUAAACACCUUUCUGGAAUGUAAACCCAAGUAUUACUGGCAAGCACUCGGCUUCUUGUCUAAGCACUGACAGUUUGAAACUCCAAAAAAUUACCCAGAUCUCUUUGACUACACCAUAAGUACUGAUUUACAAAUGAGAGUACCAAGUUGAAACUUGUGAAUAACAGAAAGUUGUUACUAUGGUUACCAAGAACCCCAUGUGGUGUCCAUGUAUGUUGGUUCAAUAAGUUGUUCUGUUUGGGCCUGAUUGUUAGAUGGCUGUAUAAAGCAAUACUACUCAUCCAAAUGGCUGAGGUAUUUAUGAAAAUAGAAACAGGAAGACAUACCAUAGAAUAUCGCAUUGUAUGAAAGCUUAUGAAUAUUUAUGAGGCCUGUAUAAUAACGCCAGCUGGUCUUUUGAAACACUUUAUCAUGUACACUUGUAAAAUAUGCCAGUCUCAUAAGUGUGUGCUGUUUCACACCUGUUGUUGGCAAAUACCUUGGAACUUAACAUCUAGAUUGAAAUCCCAGGCUGUCAAUUAUUUUAAUGCUAGACUAUCACCAUUUAGAUUACUAGAAGAGAAUUGGUUGAGCCAUUGACAGUGUUAUUCCAAGACUCUGUGUUCUAUGCAUCUGCAACCCAAAUUUCAUCUGAAUGAGUGGGAACAAGAACGUUUUGAGGAGCCUCAACUUCAUUGUCCAGUUUUCAUGAUCUUCCUCACAGCAUCUGCAUUAAUCUCAUGUACACCACCCAACUGAGGGGCGGUAGGCUAGCCUAGUGGUUAAAGUGUUCGCCCAUCAUGUCAACAACCCGGGUUUGAUUCCCAUCAUGGAUACAAUGUGUAAAGGCCAUUUCUGGUGUCCCCAACCGUGAUGUUGCUCGAAUAUUAUAUAGCUAAAAGCGGUGUAAAAUGUAAACUAACUCACUACCCAACUGAUAAGACAGUUUACCCAACUGAUAAGACAGUUUAACUCCAGUAAUAUCUCAGAAUCAGACAAUGUUUAACAUCUUUACAGUUAUUUACAUUUUAGGUAAUCUUUGUAUGUUGAUAAGGAGUCUUAUACAGUCUUACAUCAAGUUAUAGUAUUACACACCUCUUUAAUCUGUCAAAACAUUUAUUUUCUACUAUUUAAUUUACACUCAAAUUUCAUGGAUACUGAUGAUAAAUUGUGUCAAGGGUCGUUUAGCAUCUGUUGAUGAAUCUCCAUGUCAGACAUGACCUUGUAACAACUGAGUUUAUGGCUUGAUAAAUAUUUUAUAGAUGAAGUUGUGAUCUUCGUUUAGGGUUCUCAUUGUUUCACCAGUUUGAUAUUAUUGAUAAAUACAUUAACUGGUGUCUUUCGAUAGUAUUUAAAUAUUUCCAAACCAUGUGUUUGUUUUCCGUCAAGUUCAUAUUGAUGCUUACAGAUAAUGACAGUUUGUGAUCCUAUGACCAGUGAUUAUGAUGUACGUCAAUAGACCAUUUGAUCUGCCAUGUAUUUACAAUGUGAGGGCCAUUUCUGGUGUUGUGUUGUGGCUGGAUGGUACAAAUAGAUCCAGUUAUCCUCUUUGUCAGGAAAACAAUUAUCUUUUGCCAUGCUAAACACCUGCCAAAUAUUUUGUCAGAGACAAAUGGCAAUAUUGUGUUAAAUUUUGACAGGAUAUUGAUCUCUGUCCUAAUGAAAUUCAUAAAAUAUCAUCAGGACAUUUUGGAAGACAAAUGUAUAGACCAAUGAAUUUUUUGUGUGUACAAUACAGAUUUUUAAUUCUUGCCUAAUAACCCUUGAUUUCUGAAAACAAAUUCAACUCAUAAAAUUACAAGGGUCAGUCAGACGAUGAGAAACACAAAAAAUAAAAAUGUUGCCCUAAUAUAGGAACUCAGGAUAUGGUUUAAGAACAUACUUGUUUAUGGCAAGUUUUCAGGAAUUCAUAAAAAACUAAAUUGAAACUAAAUUUAGCAAUUCUGUCAAUAUGUAACCAUUGAAUAUGUUUGGAAAUCACAACUGUUUUGUUGAGGUGCUACAUUAGGCAGGUGAAAGACAAAAGAAUCUCCCAGUCGAAAAUAUUCAGAAUCCCAGACUGCUCCCUACUACCCAACCACCAACAUGAAACUGAAUCUGUAAGUCUGUACCUCAAAGGCUGUUUAUAAUCUCACAGAGAGAGUCGUGUAUUUGUAAUGCUAAUAUCAAGUGUAAAAGAUGAAAGAUAGCGCCAGUGGCUUUUAAGGAAAAAACGAACCUGACAAACGGGUCUCACACUGACGGUGAACAUGUCACUACAAAAGAUGCUGGAAGGCGAAGAUCACAAGCCUUACAUCCUUUCAACCUGCUAGUGUCAUGUGAAUUUUUAAAUAAACUUGUGUAAACGUUAAAGUUACAUUCACAUUAUUUUAACAUAUUGUCAAGUUAUAAUUCACUGUAAUUUAUAAAUGUUGAAAUUUUAUAACCACAGUUAUCACAUUCUUAUUUCUUUUCACAUUUUGAUGCAUUAAUAAUAGAGAUAGCUAGGUCUGGUCAUAACUAGGAAAUCUCAUUUAGCCAUUUUCCCUUUGUCAUUUCACCUUGGAAACUAUAGCAAGUCCGCAGUUUACUGUGAAUCUGAAAUGCUUUGAGAAUAUACUAGACCUUUGACUAACAAGUUGAUCUUUUGAGGAAAUGUUAAAUGAUCUAAUGU